UGUCUGAGGCGGGACCCUCUGAAAACCCCUGGCCCGCCCGGCCCGUGCGCACCACUCCAGCUGCAGCCCGUGCCGCGCACGCUUAGUAUCCAGCCCGCCUAGACGCUCCCCACAGCCACCACAGGCAUUCGGAAUGGCCAACAGGGGACCUGCGUAUGGCCUGAGCCGGGAGGUACAACAGAAGAUUGAGAAACAGUAUGACGCUGACCUGGAGCAGAUCCUGAUCCAGUGGAUCACCACCCAGUGCCGCAAGGAUGUGGGCCGGCCCCAGCCUGGGCGUGAGAACUUCCAGAACUGGCUCAAGGAUGGCACGGUGCUGUGUGAGCUCAUCAACGGGCUGUACCCCGAGGGGCAGGCCCCGGUGAAGAAGAUCCAGGCCUCCACCAUGGCCUUCAAGCAGAUGGAGCAGAUCUCUCAGUUCCUGCAGGCAGCUGAGCGCUACGGCAUCAACACCACCGACAUCUUCCAAACUGUGGAUCUCUGGGAAGGAAAGAACAUGGCCUGCGUUCAGCGGACAUUGAUGAACCUGGGUGGGCUGGCAGUGGCCCGGGACGACGGGCUCUUCUCUGGGGACCCCAACUGGUUUCCCAAGAAAUCCAAGGAGAACCCUCGGAACUUCUCAGACAACCAGCUGCAAGAGGGCAAGAAUGUGAUUGGGUUACAGAUGGGCACCAACCGCGGGGCAUCUCAGGCAGGCAUGACUGGCUACGGGAUGCCACGCCAGAUCCUCUGAUCCUGCCUCGCCCCUGCCUGCCCUCCCACGAAUGGUUAAUAUAUAUGUAUAUAUGUUUUAGCAGUGACAUUCCCAGAGAGUCCCGUGAAGCUCUCAAGCUCCCCUCGGCCGGGGCGGGCAUCCAAGCUCUCCUGUCACCUGUGGGGGUGCCUAAUGGAACCUUCCCCCUGCGCUUACUAAUACAUUCCUUCCCCACACCCAUCAAAACUGGACCAACUUCUCCCCUGGGACCAACAUUUGUGGGGCUCUUAGCCCUCCACUCCCUACCACGCCUGUGCUCUUUCUGUCUGGCCUCUCCUGAGCCUGAGUGCUGAGCCUGUCCUUGGCGCAGAGUCAGGGAUGCUGCCUUCUGGACUGGUGUUGGGCUGGCCUUCCUUCCACCAGUAUGCCUGUCCCACAGCUGUGACUGUAGGGACUUAAUUUAUAGGGAGGAGCCUGUGGUGACUGCCACUCCAGCCACAGCUGGACUGUGCUCACCACCCAUCUGGGGCAGCCUUCCCUGUCAGAGGCCCUCUUGGUUUCUCAUUUUCCAUUCCCCUUGCUGUGGCUAAGGGAUAGGGUGGAGGGGACAGAAGGGGAGGGCUGCCCACUAUGAUCUGGGGCUUGAGGAAUAUGAAUUUGCUGACUUAAAUAAAGAAUCAUGGUCUUUUUUGGAUGGA